GUGGUAUCAACGCAAAGUACAAAAAUUGAAAUUGUUGUAUAAUUUAGGAUAUUUCAUUUAUAUAUUUUAUUGCAUGCCAGAUUUUAUAAGUUCCCAUGCAGAGUUUUAUGUGUGCCAAAAUUAUAAUUAAAAAUUAGGGUGUAUAUACUUAACACUUCCUAAGUAUUUUCUCUCUUAAUUAAUUCAUGUUGUAAUAGUGCACGUAAGUCACGAAAUGUAAACAUAUAAAUAGACUCAAAUUUGUAAUAGUCGGAGAGAUGUGUAGAUUGUUCAUUGCUAAUAAACUCCAUAAAACAAACCGAAUCAGAGUGCAGAUCAAUUUUCUGGACGAACUCAGUGAAUUCUGCGACAAGUGGUCCUUCGAGCCGGAUAGUAUGGAGGAGUUAGCAAGAAAGAAAAGAGUACGAGCAGGUCAUCGCGGUUACCUGACGAAAGUUGUGGCGUCGGCAGCAGGCUUAGUCGACGCAUUCGAUGAACGAAGAAAGAAUGACGCGGAACAGCAACGCGACAAAAUCUUGGAGACAGUCGCUAUGCUCCAAAAACUGGAUGAAGACAUCCUUAACUUGAUUGCUGGGGACGAAGAAGCGUCAGAACUUGACAUUGUCAGCGAAGUCGAGGAAGCUGGAAGAAUAAGUUCUGAAGCAAAGUCGAUGGCGAGGAAGCUUCGCCAAAAGAUUGACGGCAAUUGCGCUUCGGAAAAUAGAAUGAACAGUUCGUUAAGGUCUGACGGAGGAGCGUCGGUGACCAAUAGAACAGUUUGCGCAAAAUUGCCAAAGCUGCACGUUAAGCGGUUCAAUGGAAAUGUUUGCGAAUGGCAGGAGUUUUGGGAUUCCUUCGAAAGCGCCAUUCACGGAAAUGGAAGUUUGUCCGACGUUGACAAAUUCAAUUAUCUUCGGGGACUCUUAGGCGAACCAGCGAAGUCAUGUAUCGCGGGAUAUUCUUUGACUUCGGCGAACUACAACGCUGCAAUAGACGCGUUGAAGGAACGCUAUGGGAAGCCAGAAUCGGUCCAACGAGCGCACAUGCAAAACUUUUGA